AUGGACCCCGAACGGACCAGCUGGUGUUUUGCUGCUGUUGAUAGCCCAGAAUGGUACGUCGUCUCUGUCAAAUCAGCUCGUUGCUCCAAAGCGGUUGCGGGACCUUGGCUUACCUCCUUGUCCGGAGUCCAGGCGGCCGCUCAAGUGAUUUCGAACUCUGGUCAUGAUGACAUGAUUCACGACGCUGGCCUUGAUUACUACGGACGCCGAUUGGCAACAUGCUCAUCCGACAAGACGAUAAAGAUAUUUGAGAUUGAGGGAGAGGCGCACAAGCUUGUCGAGACCUUGAAGGGUCAUGAAGGUCCAGUAUGGUGCGUCGAGUGGGCACACCCGAAGUUUGGCACGAUUCUGGCGUCCUCAUCAUAUGAUGGGAAAGUGCUCAUCUGGCGCGAACAACACCAGAGCUCCACUGCCCCUAUCGGCAGCGGUGCCUGGACGAAAGUCUUCGACUUCUCCCUUCACACCGCCUCUGUGAACAUGAUAUCUUGGGCUCCGCAUGAAACCGGAUGCCUGCUUGCUUGCGCUUCAUCUGACGGUCAUGUCUCUGUCCUCGAGUUCCGCGACAACAGCUGGACCCAUCAAAUCUUCCACGCCCACGGCAUGGGCGUCAACUCUAUUAGCUGGGCACCUGCCUCCGCCCCCGGUAGUCUCGUCAGCUCAAACCCUGGGUCUGGGCAGCAGCGGAGAUUCGUAACAGGCGGUAGUGACAACCUGCUCAAGAUUUGGGAUUACAACCCUGAGACAAAGACCUACAAUACUACGCAGACGCUGGAAGGCCACUCCGAUUGGGUCCGGGACGUUGCUUGGUCACCCAGCAUUCUUUCCAAGUCAUACAUUGCCUCUGCAUCGCAAGAUAAGACCGUUCGGGUCUGGACUGCCGAUGUAUCAAACCCUGGACAGUGGACGAGCCAUGUGCUUGAUUUUGACAAUGUCCUGUGGCGGGUGAGCUGGAGCCCUAGCGGAAACAUCCUUGCAGUGAGUGGGGGGGACAACAAGGUCAGUCUGUGGAAGGAAAACUUGCGGGGGCAAUGGGAGAAGGUAAAGGACAUUGAAGAAUGA